UUUUUCCCACGUGUUUCCUCGUGUGUAACCUGUAUGCGCCCCCGUAGUUUUUGUACACGUCCGGACUUGAGAUCGUAGAUCUAGUUUGUAUAAAGCACAACCGACAAUAUACGGAACCUCACUCUUUGACCACACCUAACAUAAUGGCUGAAAUGUGCAGCAAUUCUAUUGAUGGGGAAACUCUUGAAAAAGCAAGGAGAGAGCUGAAUGAAGACCCAGACACUAGAGAGCAAGCAAUUGCUGACUUUAGGGCAGCCAUAGAAGAGAAAGAGAAUGAUCCAGAGUUAGAAGGUGUUGUGUUUGAAAGAAAGGAUUCUCCUUUUCUCUUGCGGUUCCUCAGAGCAAAGAAGUUUGACCAGUCUCGUUCACUCUCCCUCUACAUGAAAUACCACACAAUAAGGAGAGACUACGGAAAGAUAUUCAGUGAAGACGAUUCAUCAUCCAACCUAUCUCAUAUUCUUAGCAGUGGGGUACUGUAUGUGUUGAAUGGGAGGACAAGGAAUGGAGAAAAGGUGGUAUGCAUUAGACCAGAGAAAUGGGACAUGGAGCAAGAUCCAGCUGAACGAAUGAUAAGAACUGUCCUUUUAAUUCUCGAUAAACUACUGGAGGAUGAAGAAACCCAAGUAGGAGAGAGAGAGGGAGUAAUU